AUGUCGCAACGUAAAUAUGUGAAUGUGAAAAUCAACAACGUGGAAGUCAAGCUCCAGUUUGAUACAGCGUCCGACAUCACAAUAAUUUCGAAAGCUAAUUUCAAGAAAUUAGGUUUGGCAAACACCAAGGAAGUUACGCAUUCCGCGAGAAGUGCAACUGGUGAGUUACCCCUGUACACACAAUUUGUGAUCAAAGUGGAGCUGAACGGAAUAACAAAACUCCUGAAGUGUUUUGUCACUACAAUCACUCUUAAUGUGUUCGGUUUGGAUUGGAUAUCUGCAUUUCAACUCGAGGAUAUGCCUCUCAGUACUAUUUGUAAUCAUAUUUCGUCGAAAAAACAGGCAAGUAUCGUUUCAAUACAAAAAACUUACGAUAAAUCACUACUUAAAGAUUUUUAUCCAGCACUUUUCGACAAACAACUAGGCCUCUGUAAUAAAACUAAAGCGCAUUUAGUUGUAAAGGCUAAUUGUGAACCUGUUUUCCGUCCAAAGCGAGUCGUCGCUUGCGCAAUUCAACACCUGGUUGAAGCAGAAUUACAAAGACUGCAAGAUCUAAACGUAAUUUCUCCAGUUAAUUACUCAAAUUGGGCUGCGCCAAUUGUGGUAAUAAAAAAGCCAAAUGGCAGGAUACGCCUAUGCGCUGACUUUUCGACAUUUCUAAACGAUGCUUUGGAAACUUAUCAAUAUCCUCUGCCUCUACCUGAAGACAUUUUCGCUAAACUUAACAAUGCUACAGACCAAAUGCUGGCAGGUUUAAACAACACGGCGGCAUACAUCGACGAUAUUUUUGUUUCGGGUAAGAACCAAGCAGACCACGACGCAAAUUUGCGCGAAGUCUUACUUCGUAUACAGCAAUACGGUUUCAAAUUAAAAGUAGACAAAUGUAAAUUUUUUUAUCAUGAAAUGGCCUACUUAGGGUACGUUCUCAAUAAAGACGGCAUUAGUCUAGAUCCGAAGCACAUUGAUGCAAUCAAAUAUAUGCCAGAACCGACCAAUCAAUCAGAACUAAGAUAA